CAUGCCGCGUUCAACAAAGUUCAGCUGCGGGCCUCGCAACUUCCCGCGGUCCGAACGCAUUUCAUAAAAAGACGUUGGCCGUUGCACCAAAAUAAUUUUAAUAUUACCCAGGAUUAUGUAGACCUCAAAUCCAAUGCAGUUUUGCUACAUGCGGCAUGCUCGGGUGCUUCAUGUUUGACCACAGGCCGCGUCACAGAACUGCAAGAAUACGGCCCGCCUGCAGGACCGAAUGCACUGCAAUAUUAUAGAAUUAUAAACCCUUCAAAAUCAUGCAAACAGAUUUUCAAAAUACUACUCCAUCAUGGAAAUCGCCUCCUCCUAGUAAUAGGCUAAUAGGGCCGGUCAUCCGUGAACAGAACCACCAUCUCCAUACUAUGAAGGAGCGCUUCUUCAUUUCUUCAUUUUAUCUGAACCUUAACGUAUCCUUCCAACACAAUGUCCAUGGACAACGGUAAUGAGGUCGGCGCCUACGAGUUUGACCGGAACGCCCUGGACAACAUCGCCCGUCGGCGACAAGAUCGCCCACGCAAGAAAUACAGCCAGCAUCGUCCAGUGGAUGAGUUUGGAGUACAUAAGUUUGCCAGGGCAAACCAUCUAAGUCAAUUUACCGCGUGCCAAUUGGAGGAUGCCUUGUCCAAGGAAAGGUGCGAAAUGCCGGGACAAUGACUUAUUAGGGACAAUGACACGGCAUUUCACGCCCUCAAAGCGGGAACAAACGCUAAAACUAAAUACAUACAUAGUUCUAAAUCUUCUACUAAAAUUUUCCUGCAGCGUUAGAGUCCUUGAAUUAAUAUUGGCGAACG